AUGGCAAACUCCUCUUCCUGUAUCACGGCCGGAUCUAAUGGAUCUACUCGGGUUUCCUUUGGCCUGGCUCGAUCAGCGGCACUGCAGGAUGACCAUUGGUACAUGGUGGGUCGUCUUCUCGGAACAAAAGCUCGCUUUCCUGGUUUUAAUGGCACAAUCUCUUCCAUUUGGAGAAUCAAAUCGGGGCUGAUGAUCCAAGAUGCAGGUGAUCGUUUCCUUUUCCAGUUUGAGCGCGAAGCUGACAUAAAUCGUGCUCUCCAUGGUGGACCAUGGUUCUAUAGGAAUACGAUGCUUAUGCUCGGUGGUUAUGAUGGGGUUGGACCGGUGGAGGCAGUUCCACUGUGGAGUCUGGAGACGUGGGUGGCGAUGAAGGGUUUGCCGGUAGGUCUGCGCAAUAAGGCUGCCCUAACCCUAAUCGGCUCAACCAUUGGUCAGGUUAUUCGUCUUGAUCAAACGGCUCUCCGUCGUAGGGAAGAGGAGCAAAGGAUCCGGAUGAUGUUGGAUACUCGUCGCCCGAUUCGUUCAUGGAUGAUGUUUGAAUUUUCGUCCACUGUGGAACUCGAGAUCACCCUGAUUUACGAGAAAGUGAAGGGUUUAUGUAGGGACUGUGGCUUAUUUGAACAUGAUGUUAUGGGCUGUGAUGGAUUCCUAGCAAAAUAG